AACUACGCAGACGCAGUCACCGCUCCAGGGAUAUAUAGUAUCUCUCUCUCUCUCUAUGACUCUGGAACUCUGUCUCUCUCAACUCACCGACUUUCCAUCCCAAAAGCCCCACAACGCCAGGCUCCACGACUCUAACCAUGACUUCCCACCUGCCGGGUCUACUCCUCGUGGCGUUGCUGUUCGUGAGCGAAGGACACAGCAUCAAAUGCUACUCAUGCCGCACGAACAUCAACAAUACGGUGUGCAAUGAGGGCGGUGCCAUUCAGUGUUCCGGAAACUCGCAUGAUGCCUGCGCGACAAUAACCAUCCAACAGGGCUCCACCUACCUCCUCACCAAGAAGUGCAUGAACUUUGAAGAAUGCAAAGCCAUAAAUAUAUACGACUUCAACGGUCGCCUGACGAUCUUGUGCUGCCAGACCAACGGCUGCAACUUCAACGCCGCCCCUCGCCCGGUGGGCGCAGCUCACGUGACCCUGGCCCUGCUGGGCGUGGCCAUCAGCGCCGUGGUCAGCAGGGCUCUGGUGUAGGUCGUGACGUCACAGCCGCACCCCCCCCACCCACACGUGCCUGGGUUCUGUCCAAUCGCUUUUGCCCUUCCACUCGGUCGUCUCACGACGCUUGCACCAGUGGAGCUGUGCAACGUUAAAAUCGUCAAGAUUGUUGCGUUACGCUGCUAAAGAAGUUCAAUGUACGUGUGAACAUACACAGAGACAAGUAGACUCGUCACGCAGAAACCUACAGACUCACCACAUAGAGAUCCAUAGACUCAUUACGCAGAUACCCAAGUCGUGAAUGAUAUAUCAUCAUUUAUCGAGAGCCAGACAGUGGAUCCUGCAUGGCAGAAGAGAAUGGAAAGGUCUUUAACCUUGAUUUGGAACAGGUCACGGAGGGUGUUCAGAGAGUUUGCGGAUGAUUGGGGGGUGAAAGGAAGUCCUAUACUCAAGGGUGGAGGUGGUGGGUGGGGUAGCAGAUUUGCGUGACCCUUACCAAUGGCAUAUACAAGGUACCGCUCGAUUUACCGAAUGCGAUGCGUUUCUCGAACAACUAAAAAACAGACUCACGAGCGUUAAACUUAAUUUGUAAUUCGCAAUAUCUUUACCCGUUUGAUUUAAUACUAAAACUUCGGGGAAGCGUAUCGGACAGUCAUUACAACUCGAAAAAAAAAUUUCAACACACCUUUGUCACUUUUCAGGGUGCAAAAAAAGUGUAAUAACAUUAUUAAAGAACGUGAAUAUUAAAACGAUUGAAUAAUAAUACAUUUGAAAUAACUAAUAUGUAUGUUGGAAUGACUGGAGAGGGUGAUGUGGAGACGUUACCGUUGAACUGUAUAGGGACACCAUAAUACUGUCGCGGAUCGGAAUCUUUAUUUAGACGGGAGGGGGAGGAAAUCUGAUGACCUACGAAGCUCUUUGUCGCAGAUUUUCGAUGAUGUAGUUUCCCCGGUGGCUUUCUCGUUAGAUGGGCGAGUGCCGUAGGAAAUUCUAUUACGCAGAAAUUCGAUUUAGUUGAUUGUACCACAGUGGCUAGGGAGCUGAUAACUUCCUCGCCUGGUAUACAGGAGGUCGUGAGUUCGAUCCCCAUCCUGACAUUGCGUGCUGCUGUCUUUGUAGUUUGCGUGUCAAUCUCUCUGUGUUCCUCCGAUUUUUCAUCUUCACAUUUAGAAUCAACAUCACUACGCCUUCAGGGCUAUUUGCCUGCUGCUAGACAUUUCUACGUGAUGACGAUAAUAAUGAUAUCAUGAUACUUGGUUGUGCUGCCAUCGUAUGUGAUGGCCCAGAUCGCUUCUGAAAGAGCUACACCAGCUCAUUAGUGGUGACUUACACCUGGUUAAAAUCUCUAUUAAAGGGAAAUUUGCGAAUGUGACUGUUCGAAAUGUUUAGCAUACUUCCCGACGUGCAACAAACUUAAAAUUUCGCAUGUCGGUAGCUUCCAGAAUGUACACAAUUGAAAAGUAUAAAAAAUAGACUUUUGUGUUGGGUUUUUUUGGGGGGGAGGCGCAAUAAUGGAUAUAUUUUGCAAGGCAAGUGAGCAUUAACGUCACAUCUGUGAUGUCACCCGCAUGCGGCAGCGUCAACGCAGUGUACCUGCUGACGUCACGCCCCCCCCCCCCGCCCCCCCCCCCAGAUAAUGCAUCUGUUUGUCUGAAGCAGCAAAAAGUCUCGAACGCUGAGCUCUGACGUCAUGAAAUUUGCACAGCUCAUGCUGUCUGGAAUGUCAAAGGGAACGCGACUUUCAGCUCACCACAUCAUUCCCCGAGUUGCCUAAAACGACCUUACGUAUAAGUGGCUUAAGGAUGAAUUUCCUCGAGUGAAAAACAUCCGAUUUAGUUCAAUUGAAUUGUUUCGGCUUUUUUUCUUUCUUGCAAGCAUCAACUUUUUUCAGGGUUUAUCAGUGAAAUAGAAGGGACUAUGAAAUUAAUCGUAGACACAAAUUCAAGUCCCGGGCGAAGACGGGUAGUAAAGCUUGUAUUAAAUGGAUGAUUUAGUUUUACAGGAAAAAAAAAGCGUCUGUCAUUUGUAAAUCGCGUUUGCGCGAAACUUCGUAAACCGAAACGUUCGUGGAUCGAGGGAUAUCGCCUGUGCCUGAUUACAAUGUAUAAACCUGUAGUUCUAUGAUCUCUCACUCAACACACAAUUGUCAAACAAAAUGCAUGCAGUAUGUUGCUUGGAAGACGGGCGACUUUUAAGUAUUUGUACUUUUUAAAAUUAAAUUAAUCUUGCUCGA